UAGGUGGUGGAAGUAAGUAGAAGAAAGACGCGAGUGGCUAUGGCUUGACUUUUAUAUUUUUGUCAUAUAGCUUUUGCGAGUUGCGUGUGGUGGUUAAUGGAUUCUCCGUUCAAGCCAGAUGUUCUUAAAGGUAAGGUGGCUCUCAUCACCGGCGGCGGAUCUGGCAUCGGUUUCGAGAUCUCCUCUCAGUUCGGCAAACAUGGAGCUUCCAUCGCCAUCAUGGGUCGCCGGAGACAAGUCCUCGACGACGCCGUCUCUGAGCUUCGAUCUCUAGGAAUUCCGGCAAUUGGAUUGGAAGGUGAUGUUCGUAAGGCAGAGGAUGCGAGAAGAGUCGUGGAAUCAACUUAUCAGCAUUUCGGUAGGAUCGACAUCCUCGUUAACGCCGCCGCCGGGAAUUUCCUCGCCGCAGCUGAGGAUUUGUCUACCAACGGCUUCCGAACAGUUUUGGACAUUGAUGCAGUGGGAACAUUCAACAUGUGCCACGAAGCACUCAAGUAUCUAAAGAAAGGAGGUCCUGGGAGGGACUCAUCAAGCGGAGGCGGUUCGAUUCUCAACAUAAGUGCUACUUUGCACUACACAGCUUCUUGGUACCAAAUACAUGUUUCUGCAGCCAAGGCUGCAGUGGACGCUACAACAAGGAACUUGGCAUUGGAGUGGGGAACUGACUACGAGAUUAGAGUGAACGGGAUUGCACCAGGCCCGAUCCAAGGUACACCUGGAAUGAGUAAACUUGUACCUGACGAGAUUGAGAGCAAAGUCAGAGAGAACAUGCCUCUCUAUAAACUUGGAGACAAGUGGGAUAUUGCCAUGGCUGCACUCUACCUCAGCUGUGAUUCUGGGAAAUAUGUGAAUGGACUGAUAAUGCCGGUAGAUAAUGGACUUUGGCUUGGCAAACCUCGCCAUUUGCCCAGAGAAGCUGUGAAGCAACUCUCUCGUGUGGUGGAGAAGAGGUCCAGGACCAAGCCUGUUGGUCUGCCGACCAGUAAACUCUAAAGGCAUUUUGGGUUUCACAUCUCAAAUAAGUGUGUUGUUAGGUUAUUGUAUUGAAAUUGAUGGUUACAUUGAUAACAAAAAUUGCAUAAUGAGAUUUCUGUAGAUCAGAGUAUCUAUGCACAAUAAUAAAAGGAUACAAUGGUUACGAA